AUGGAGAAUUGUAUGUGGAGUAUUGGUAGUAGUAAGAGGGUGAACUUUUGGAUUGACAAUUGGUUAGGGGAGCCUUUAGUUACCACUUUUCACAAAAAUGACAAAUAUCAUUUUGCUCUUAACUCAAUGGUUAGGGAUUGGUGGAUUGGUCAUGCCUGGUCCAUAAAAGAUAGCAUCCUUCGGGCUUUACCAAUUCUGCUUCCUCUUUUAGCUGGUGUAUCCAUUCCUGAUGCAGAGGUUGAUGAUUGUUUUGUUUGGAAGAAUGCAAAAGAUGGUCAACUAACUCUUAAGGAAGCCUACAAUUCUAUAGUUAAACCAAGGCCCUGUGUUAAUUGGAGAUCAUUUCCUUGGGACAUUGAUACUCCCCCAACUCACUCAAUGAUUGUGUGGAGAUACAUUCAUAAUAAAUUACCAACUGAUGAGAAUUUGAAAAUCAGAGGAUUCUCCCUCCCUUCUCUAUGCAGUCUAUGUAAAUCUUGCAGUGAAUCUUCAUCUCAUUUGUUCUUUGAGUGUAGCUUUGCCAGGAAUAUUUGGAAUUGGUUUGCUGGCAUCUUACAAGAUAAUAGGUUGAUCAAUAAUCUGGAGGAUUGUAGGAAGAUCUUGGAGCAGCCUUGGUGUCCACAAGCUAAGGCUGUGGUUCAGGCCAGCAUUGCUUGCAUCUUCCAUCAAAUUUGGACUACUAGGAACAAAAACAAAUUUGAAGAUAAAUCUGCUAGUUGGAAAACCUGCAUGGGUUUAGUGAAUGCUCAUGCCAAGAUUGUUGGAGAUAAUUCUCGCAGGGGCUCCAACCUUGCUAUGAAAAACUUUGCGUUUCUUAAAAACUUUGGUGUACAAAUUCAUCCCAAGAAACAUGUUGUUACAAAAGAGGUGUUAUGGUCUCCUCCCUUAGCUGACUGGUUGAAAUGCAACAUUGAUAGGUUGGUUUCUGGAUCUCAUAAUUUGGCUGCCUGUGGUGUGCUGUGUCGUGAUCACCAAGUUAAUCAAGUUUUUAGCUUCUGUGAUUUUAUUGGCUCGGAGGUCCCCGAAAUUGUUGAGCUUAUGGCAGCUAUUUUGGCUAUUAAAGAGGCUAAAAGAAGAAAUAUCAAUCAUCUUUGGCUUGAAACGGAUUGUAUAUCUAAAUUGGUUUCAUGUAGAGUUGGUAAGCAGCGCUUGCGAGAAGAUAUAACGCAAUUGUCGCAUGUGGUUGUGUUUCAGGAAACCAGUGGUAGAAACUUUAUGGGUACAAAUUUUUUUGCUUUCUCUUAUUGGUGGAUUCAUCUCAGAUUAGGGGUGGAAAACGGGCAUACCCGCCCCGUUUAG